CGGCGACGGAAGGAAAUCAAAGACGAGCACACUUCCGUAAACGAAAACGAGCUUUCAGUAUCAGCUGCUAUACGCUCUUGUUUACCUUCUGUGCUCUUUAAACAGCUGGUUUCGUAGUUAUGGAUCGCAGCAGGUCAUCGGACAGAGCCGGCAGAGAGAAAAAACAGGAGAAGAAGAAGAAACGGAGAAGAUCUUCCUCCUCCUCCUCUUCUUCUUCAUCCUCUUGCUCAUCCAGCAGCAGAAGUCGCAGCAGAUCUACUAAAAAAGCUUCACACAAGAGCAGAGAUGAGAAAACACAAAGAAAGAAGCGCAGAAGACGCUCCUCUUCCUCAUCCAGCUCUUCCUCCUCCUCGUCUUCUUCAUCCUCGUCAAGUGACGAAAAGACAAAGAAGAAGAAAAGCAAAGCCAAGAAGAAGAAGCUGAAGAAGAAAAAGGCGAAGCUGAAGAAAAAGGAGAAAAGGAAAAAGAAGAAGCUCAAGAAGAAGGAGAAGAAGAAAGCAGAGCUUCAGCUGCCUGCUGGUCCGGCAGAGAAGCCUCCAUCUUUCCUGGAGGUGUGGCAGAGUGAUGAGGGGGCCGUGGAGCUGGGGCCUGUCAUGACGGAUGAGCAGAAGGCUCGGCUCUCCACUAAGAGGCCUCUCACCAAGGAGGAGUACGAGGCCCGGCAGAGCGUGAUCCGCAGGGUGGUUGACCCCGAAACAGGACGGACCAGGCUGGUGAGAGGAGAGGGGGAGGUCAUAGAGGAGAUCGUCAGCCGAGAGAAACACAAAGAAAUCAACAAGCAAGCUACUAAAGGAGACGGGAACGCCUUCCAGAGGAAACUAGGAAUCAACAGGUAGAAGAUCCACUAAACUGAAACAAACUACUUCAAGAGGAGUUCACCCAGACAGCUGAACCUUCUCUAAAUAUAGAAGAAAAUGCAUUUUUAGGAAGGCAGAUUUAUCUGUGAUUGAACUGUGUAGAAGUAAAUGCAACACGCAUCUCUCCAAGGAGAUCUAAAGAGGAGAUAUUAGAUUGAAAAAUUUUGAGUCAGCGGAUGCAGCAGCUCACGACGUGCCAAAUAGUUUGCACAUCCAGUUUACACUGAUUCAUUUAUUUCAUCUGUUUUGAAGCAUAUCAAUGUGUAAAUUUAAAUAAUGCUACUUUGUUGAGUCAUGAAUAUUCAAAUGGUCUCUUCGUUUGAUAUCAGCUAGUUGAUAUUGCAUCAUGUGUUUAGUGUCUACAUAUUGUACACCCACCUGUAGAUGUUGUCUCCCACCUUCUUUCAUUUUUGUUCCCUAAAUAAGCCUGAAUUUGUGUGAACUGAUGCCAGAAAAAUAAAUUGUGUUAACCCUC